AUGGGCUCCGGGCGGCGGGGGCCGCUGAGCCUGCUGCUCCUAAUUCUGGCCCCACUGAGCCGUGUGGCCGCGGGCUGCCCCGCGCCGUGCCGCUGCGCCGGGACCCUCGUGGACUGCGCGCGUCGGGGGCUGACAAGGGCCUCGCUGCCAACCGCCUUCCCGCCGAGCACGACCGAACUGGUGCUGACCGGCAACAACCUCACGGCGCUGCCUGCGGGGCUACUGGAUGGCCUGCCCGCCCUGCGCACCGCGCACCUGGGAGCCAACCCCUGGCGCUGCGAUUGCCACCUGCUGCCGCUGCGCGCCUGGCUGGCGGACCGCCCCGAGCGCACGCCCUACCGCGAACUGCGCUGCGCCUCGCCCCCCGCGCUGCAGGGCCGCCUGCUGCCCUACCUGGCGGAGCAGGAGCUGCGCGCCGCCUGCGGGCCGAGCGCGCUCUGCCCGGGGGCGCUGGCGCUGCAGCUGGUGCUUCUGGGCCUGGGGCUGCUGCACGCGCUGCUGCUCUGGCUGCUGCUGCGCCGCCUGCGGAGCCUGCGCGCCCGCGCCGCGCCCGACAUGUCUCUGCGCUCCCUGCUGGCGGCAGAGGGGGCCGGAGCCAGCGUGUCUUCAGCCGAGUAG